CUUGCACUGGCAAUAAAUACACCACACCUUGACUCUCAGGUGUGGCAAAUUGUGUCAGUGCAAUCUGAGGCUUCGUCAUGAGAUCAGCAAAACCAUAACGUUUACCUCUUUCACUCAAAGGUUACUCAUUGUACAGUUGCUGUACUUUUAACAAAGGCAUUGAAAAGUUUUGUCGGCCUGUCAACCAAACACCACCAACAAGGUCUGCUGUUACUCUUGACAACAUCCAAUCAGGAAACUUGGCACUGAGAACCUGCACAGCAACAACAUGGAGCCAAGAGAGGAAGAGCAAGAAAUGGAGAAGGAGGAGGAGGACAUUUACAUUCCCAGGUCACCUCCCAGGAAUGCUCAUGGCACAGAUGCAGUCUCUGGAAACCCCACAUUAGCUGCUGAUGACAGGCCAGCCCCGCCCAGCAGCCUGGCUCUGACAGGGCCCCGACCCAGGAAGAAGCGUCUGGUGGCUCCCGCCCUAAGUCUGACGCUGGAUCGCAGUGACUCGGCGGUGUCCGACGACUAUGCCACAGCUGCCCUCUCUCCCUCCCCUGAUGACGACGAUCUGGGGCUGGACAUCGACUUGGAUGCCAUGGAAACGCCCUCGGACAGCGAGUCCCUCCAUUUUCCAGUGCACGACAUGGAUUUGGAGGAUGACCUGCUUCGUCUGGGAGUGGCAUCCCGUUUCCAUAAGGCCCGUGGGUCAGUACCAGAGCAGAUGGGAGUGGGCUCUCUUGACCAAGACCAAGUGGACAGCCAGGGCACUAGGUGGCGCCGGUUCCGCACAGGAGAUCCGCUUCAGGAUAGUCUGGUCAACAUGAGUGUACUGGAACCUUUCCUUCGAGUCUUGUCACAUGGGGGUUACUAUGGAGAAGGGUCUAAUGACAUCAUUGUGUUCUCUUCCUGCUAUCUCCCUGAAAACAACAUGGAGAACUACCAGCAUGUCAUGGACAACCUGUUCAGGUACGUUGUGGGAACGUUGGACCUGAUGGUUGCGGAGAACUACGUCAUUGUGUACCUGUGUGCCAUGGCCCAGCGUGACAAGCUCCCCACCAUUGGCUGGCUCAGAGAGUGUUACACCACCGUUGACAGAAGGUUGAGGAAGAAUCUGAAAGGUCUGUACAUUGUACACCCAACCUGGUACAUCAAGGCCCUGAUCACCAUCAUCAAGCCCUUCAUCAGCUCCAAAUUCAGUCGCAAGCUUCAGUUUAUCGACAGCCUUCGGGAGCUGUCCCAGCACAUCCCUGUUGAGCGUGUGCAGAUCCCCGACUGCGUCAGACAGUUUGACGAGAAUAUGGACAGGUGAUAUGCUGAGAAGGUUGAUCUGGACCACAGUGCAAAGGUGCAUGAAGACAAAACAGUGGACUAAAAAAAGGCUCCAAUCUGUCAACUGGACACGGAGGAUGAACCUGGCUGCCCAAUCUCACUUCAGUUGUCCUAUGAGACAACUUUAACCAAAGCAUCUACUGAAGGACCGCAAGAAGAAACUGAGCUCCAAAGGUAUCGAGACUGUAGCCACGUUUCCAUCCACAGUUUUUAUGCAGUAAAAUCAUACCAUAUAAACAUUUAAAAAACAACAGCUGAUGGAAACAGGAAGUUUCGCUACAAUGUUAUGAAUGCAGACAGAUCAUUUGUUCGUUUGACAUGUCGGGAUAUUUUUGUGUCAGUAAAAUGAAUAAUGUGAGAAAUGGCAGUGGAAACGCCUUCAUGCACAAAUAUUGAUAUAAUAACCACCAUAUCGAAGGUAACUUGGAGUCACGCGAUGUAAUGGGGCGUGGUUCUCCCGCUACAACUCAGGAAACCAUGCAGAUUAUUAGGCUACAGAUGAAGUGAUGGAUUUUACAGGGUGGUGAAAGUGCAAUGUGAUCUUUAUGCCCCUUUCCAAUAAAUAUUGAGGGUCUUAUUCUGGUGACAUGAUGAUCCGUGCUUGACUGCCAUUUUUGACCACUAAAAAUAUUCUCACCUCUUAUCCAUAAUAAUCUCAUCAUGUAGACUUAAAGCCAAUUUAUGCUGGCUCUGCAUAUGUGAUUCUUACAGAGGAUGUGAAGCAAUUGCACAGCCUCUGAAGCCUUGUGGAGGCAAAACCGAGCUCCGUACCGCAUCACCGUGAGCCUCCCAAAAUUUAUGACAGUGCAGAGGGCUCCGUAUAGCUCCGUAUUGACAUGAUUGGUUGACAGUAGAUGGGGGCGGGAUGGGGUCCUGUAUUAACACAAACUCACGUCCUUGACAACAUUUCCGCAAAGCGCAAGAAGUAUGAAUGUCCUGACUUCUGCAGAGACCAUAUAGCAGUAAAUGCUGUACGGCCACCGCAAAUGACGGAUUGACCAUGCAGAGCCUUUAGACGCAGCACAACCCACCCACACUGUAUCUGCAAGCUGUUGGCUAGAGAACACGUACCAAGACCAGAGUGGGCACAUUUGCUAUUAAAUGCAACAGUUUCUGUGACAAAACUAUCAGCAGAGUUGAAAAUGCAAUGGAAACAUAUUUAAUUUUUAAUUUUUAUGCGUACAUGAAAACUUAAGCGAAAAUGUACAUUUUGUGUGCACUACGUUAUUGCGCACUGUCAAUUUUGUGGAAACACACCACUGGUGGGAAAAUGCACACAUUUUCUAUAUGCCAAUUCUAGAGUAUUAGCAUGAAAAUCUGUAGCCAGUUGGAUGGGAACCUAGCGAGUGACACGUUUUGUUGUUUUGGCUCUCCACUCCAGCACUUGGAUUUGAUAUGGAUACAAUGACUAUUAAAGUGCAGACUGUCAGCUUAAAUUUGAGGGCAUUUUCAUCCAUAUCGGGUGAACCGUUUAGAAACUACAGCACUUUCUGUACAUAGUCCCUCCAUAUUAGGGGACCAAAGUAUUGGGACAAAUUCACUUACACUACCAUUCAAAAGUUUGGGGACACUUAGAAAUUACCUUGUUUUUGAAAGAAAAGCAUAUUUUUUUGUCCUUUAAAAUAACAUCAUUAUUGAUCAAAAAUACAGUGUAGACAUUGUUAAUGUUGUAAAUGACUAUUGUAGCUGGAAACCGCAGAUUUCUUUAUGGAAUAUCUACAUCGGCGUACUGAGGCCCAUUGUCAGCAACCAUCACUCCUGUAUUCCAAUGGCAUGUUGUGUUAGCUAAUCCAAGUUUAUCAUUUCAAAAGGCUAAUUGAUCAUUAGAAAAUCCGUUUGCAAUUAUGUUAGCACAGCUGAAAACUGUUGUUCUGAUUAAAGAAGCAAUACAACUGUCCUUUAGAGUAGUUGAGUAUCUGGAGCAUCAGCAUUUGUGGGUUUGAUUACAGGCUCAAAAUGGCCAGAAACAAAUAACUUUCUUCUGAAACUGGUCAGUCUAUUCUUGUUCUGAGAAAUGAAGGCUAUUCCAUAUGAGAAAUUGCCAAGAAACUGAAGAUCUUGUACAAUGCUGUGUACAACUCCCUUCACAGAACAGAGCAAACUGGCUCUAACCAGUAACCUCGGUGCACAACUGAGCAAGAGGACAAGUACAUUAGUGUCUAAUUUGAGAAACCGACACCUCACAAGUCCUCAACUGGCAGCUUCAUUAAAUAGUACCCGCAAAACACCAGUCUCAACGUCAACAGUCAAGAGGCGACUCCGGGAUGCUGGCCUUCUAGGCAGAGUUCCUCUGUCCAGUUUCUGUGUUCUUUUGCCCAACUUAAUCUUUUAUUUUUAUUGGCCAGUCUGAGAUAUGCCUUUUUCUUUGCAACUCUGCCUAGAAGGCCAGCAACUCUGCCUAGAAGGCCAGCCUACCCUAACGCUCAGAGGAUUCCGCAUGGUCCUAAAGAACAACUUUUCCUUGUUUUGUAUCGCAUUCCAAUAAUGAAACUGGGGGGGACAAAAAUACAAUUUCAGAAUGUUCGGGGGACAUGUCCCCACUGGAAGUUGCACCCCUGCUCAUAUGACAUUAUUGGAUAAUUCUUUGUGUUUGUUUUUUCUCUCUUCCAUAUCCAGAUGACUGUUCAUUUAGACAAUGAAGUUCAUUAUUGUAAUACACUAUCUAAAAUAUAUUUUAUUGUAAUGCUCUGUCAGUGCUGAUAAGGGUGUGUGUUUAAAUAACAGGUGAUGAUAUCAUUGACUGAUGAUGUCUUUAUCGAUUCAUCCAUUUGCAAUAAAACAAAAUUAUCUGA